AUGGACGUCCAUUCAUCUGCGAAGAAUUCACCUGCGGAGAUCGAGAUCAAGGUGCAUAGCAUCCCUCCACCAGUCGGCUAUCCGCCUUUAUACACACAGCCACCACCUCUAAUCCACCACCAUAUUCCUCCGCCUCCCUUAUAUUAUCAUUUUUCCGAGGAAUGGUUUCCCUGGUUAGUGCCCUUCAUCUUCAUCGUCAACGUAGCCCUAUUCAUUCUCUCCAUGUAUAUCAACAACUGCCCCCUCCAUUCCCGGAGUUGUGUCGGUGUACAAAUGCUUCAACGUUUCGCCUUCGAAAAUGUCCAAGAAAACCCCCUUCUUGGCCCUUCCUCCGCAACGCUACUAAAAAUGGGAGCAUUGGAUGCAAAUAAAGUGAUCCAAGAAGGACAACAAUGGCGUAUUGUCACUUCCAUGUGGUUGCACGCCGGCGUCCUCCAUAUUUUCACCAAUAUGUUAAAUCUCCUUGCGGUUGGAAUUCGCCUCGAACAGGAUUUUGGUUUUGCAAGAAUUGGGUUACUUUAUACACUAUCCGGACUCGGUGGUAGCUUGUUGUCAUCUUUGUUUCUCCGAAAAAACAUUUCCGUUGGUGCAUCUGGAGCACUAUUCGGUUUACUUGGAGCAAUGCUUUCUGAACUACUUAUGAAUUGGACUAUUUAUGCCAACAAAUUGGCAACAUCGACAAUGCUCAUUCUCAUGAUCCUUAUUGGCCUAAUGGUUGGAAUCCUCCCACACGUAGACAAUUUUUCACAUUUAGGAGGAUUCAUCACAGGAUUCUUCCUCGGUUUUAUCCUUUUGGUUCAUCCACAUUCCAAUCGGAUAAACCAAACUAUCGCUCCUCAUGGUUACUACACAAAAUCGAAAUACAAGUCAUGUCAACACAUAUUCCUUGUUCUUUCCGUAAUAGCUUUAUCUGUGUUGUUUACAAUGGGAUUUGUGUUCCUUUUUCGGAAAGUAAAUGGAAACGAUUAUUGUUCUUGGUGUCAUUAUCUAAGUUGUGUGCCUACGCCUCUAUGGAGCUGUGAUCCACUAUGCAAUUCAAUACAAUUAGGCAACCAACUAAAUUUGACAUGCCUAGACAAUGGAAAGUCGAGGUCGUAUACACUUCCGGCAGGUUAUGGUGUUAUCUCGGUUCAAGAACUUUGUUCAAAGCUGUGCAUCUAAAAUAUACACUUACAUAUAGGACUGUUAGGAAGAAAAAGGUUAAAGGCGUGGGAAAGAAUUUUGAUGCAACAAAAACAAGAAAAAAAAAGGAACAACAACUAAGGUGCUCUUUGUUUUUUCGAAGCGAAAAUUCAUGAAGUCUGCGGACCACCUUUGCAAUCUUUUGUAGCAGAAGAGGUGGAACAAACGGCUGCAGCCUAUAAUAAGAAGCAUGUUUGUUUUUUAACAUCUGUAGACUGCUGCAGUAAACUGAAAUUUAAAUAAACUAAUUUUAUAAAUUGAAAAUAGUUAUCAACAUCGAAAUUUAAUAAUUCUAGUUUUAAAACAUUGAAAUAAUAAUAAAAAUAACAUGUAAAAAAACAAAAAUAUAAAACCUUUUUUUUAAAAAAAAAAACUUAAAAAAAUGUAAAAGAA